AUGAUAACAUUCUUACUCGUAUUCAGUGGACUUAUAGUAUGUAUCGUUUAUUUAAUUGGAAUAUACAAUGAAUACUACUGGAAGAGAAGAAAUGUGGCGUUCUAUAAGAAGCAUAAAGUGACAAGUGUGUUAUGGGAUUUUGUAUUUAAAAAAAAGGCAGUAUAUCUAAAUUUAUGGGAAGUUUACAAAGAAUAUAGGAAGGAACCAGCUGUUGGUAUUGGGACAUUUAUCACGCCAUCGCUAUACGUGAUAGAUCCCACUAACGUGCAACAUGUGCUGUCAACUGACUUUAGCUCUUUCAACCAUAGAGGACUGGAUGUUCACAAAGAUGAUCUACUCGCUGACAAUAUUCUUUUCAUGAAUGGGAAUCGGUGGAAACUGACCCGACAACAUAUGACACCGCUGUUCACGUCUACAAAACUUAAAUCUAUGUAUUAUAUCAUCGAUAAAAGUGCUUUAGACUUCGUUCAACAUUUGAACGAAAAUAAACAACUGUUAAAAGGUGACACUUUUAAUACAUUGAUGUCUUUUUGCUCUGCGGCAAUCGGAGGAGCCGUGUUUGGUAUAAGCACAGGAUCCAUUUUCGAUUCACCGUUCCUUGAUAUGGCGCGAAAUGCGUUUAAGGCAACCUUCUCUUCUAAUUUAAGUUUUGCCGUAUUAACUCUAAGCGGUAAUUUGUCUAAUUGGCUUGGAUUAAAAUUUUUCACACAGCAUGAGAAGUUCUUUAUUGGUGCAAUAAAACAAAUUUUGCGUGCACGGGAAAAAGAAAAUGUCAAGAGACACGACUUCGCUGAUUUGUGUGUAGCAAUACAAAAAGCAGGGAAAAUGGUAGACAAAGAGACUGGCUUGGAAAUGACACCAACUGAUGAACUUUUAGCUGCGCAAGCUUUCUUUUUCUUCGCCGCGGGCGUGGAACCGACAGCUACCGCUUUAUUUGGUACGUUAUAUGAAUUAGGGAAAGAUCCAGAAUAUUUAGAAAAAGUACAUAAAGAAAUCGACGAAGCAUUCGAAAAGAAUGAUAAAAUGAACUUCGAUAUCAUUAUGGGCAUGAAACAUCUUGAUAUGGCGUUUAGUGAAGCUAUGCGAUUACAUCCACCCAUCGGAUUUUUGACCAGACAAUGUAUAAGGGAUAGCGUUCUCCCAGUAGGCAAUAUCAAAGUUGAUAAAGGUUCUAAGAUAUUUACACCAAUAUAUGAAAUACAUCACGACCCAAAAUAUUAUCCAGAGCCCGAAAAGUUCAUUCCUGAAAGGUUUGCUCCGGAAAAUAAACAUAAAAUCGCUGAUAUCACUUACAUGCCUUUCGGAAAAGGCAAUAGAAUUUGUGUAGGUCUUAGGUACGCCUCACUUCAAUCUAAAGCUGGAUUAGUGCAUUUACUGCGUAACUUUACUGUACGAAGCAUCAUCCACGAAGGUGGACCGAAAUACAAAGCCCAGGCAGUACAAGUGAGACCUUAUAAUGUUGAUGUUGAGUUUAUACCAAGAAAUGUUGCUUAA